AGGUUUAUCAGCUGGUCAUACAACGUCCUCAUAUUGAAUUAUUUAUAUUUUAUUCUUGAAAAAAGCAAAGAUAGAAAAAACUUUAUUGUAAGGUUGAAUACUGCCAAAAUCAUUUUGAUGUAAACUAACUGUGACAUGAACUUCUAGCUCUGCAAGGAUGGACUGGUGAUCUACCGAAGACACAGAAACUGUUAUCUCCUUAUCUAAUUAAAUAUACCGCAUCGGGGAUUGUUUGAUGGUGACAGAUGCAGGCACAUACAGCAAGCACACAACAUGAGUGUCAAGGCGUUUGAGCUGGUCCCGGCUGUGGAACGGGACAAAUUUUUAUCAAAGCAAAAGAUUGAGUGCAUAGACUGCUGUGGUAAGAAUUUAUAUAUUGGAACAGACAGUUGUUUUGUUAUCCAUUACAAACUAGAGGAGAAAACCCUUCCAAAUGGUAAAACAGGUUAUGAAAGCAAGAAGCUGGGGCAUAAAUAUCUUGGAGUGAAGAAACCUAUCACCCAGCUAAAGGCUGCCUCAGCACUGACCAGAAUCUUGGUGCUAUGUGACAAUACACUGACACUGCUCAACAUGCUGGACCUGGAGCCAAUCAUGACUGGUGCCAAAAUCAAAGGUGUGACAUCAUUUUGUCUCAAUGAGAACCCAAACCGUAGCAACCCUUUUAGCAUUCAGAUUUGUGUGGCACUGAAGAAGAAGGUUGUUCAGCUUUAUACAGUAACAGAAGACAGAAUGAACCAUGAAAAAGAUGUCUCCAUCAGUGACCCUGCCCUCAACAUAGGUUUAGAUGGUUCUCUAAUUUGUGUUGCUACAACAUCAGACUACAAAAUUGUGAACUAUGAAACUGGAGGAUCUGUGGAAUUAUUUCCCUACGACUACCAUGAAACUACACCAUUGGUCAAGAGAAUAGGCAAAGAGGAGUUUCUGCUGAGUGCUCCCAAUGCCUUAGGGUUAUUUGCCAAUGCUACAGGUGCCUCGCCCCGCCCUCCUCUGAUGUGGAGUGACAGCCUCACUGCCAUCACAUAUCAUCAUCCUUAUGUUAUAGCAAUGAAUGAUGAGUUUAUUACUGUACAUAGUAUUUUGGAUCAGCAGCAGAAGCAGGCAGUGCCAUUUAAAGGAGGAAGGUGUUUGGAUGACUUUGAUGGGAAGCUGUUUGUGGCCACAGGAAAUGAUGUAUGGGCUCUAUUCCCUGUACACUGGGAAAAGCAGGUUCAAGACUUGUUAGAGAACAAGAAGGUGGAAGAAGCCAUAGAGCUGGCUCAGAAUGCUAGGAACCAUGGGCUCACUAAGGAAAAGUUCCAGAAGGCUUUUGUCCAUAUCCUCCAGCAGGCUGGGUUUGUGGAGUUAGCCAGGGCAAACCUGGACCAAGCCAGGGACUACUUCAGAGAUGGACAGUUAGAUGUCAGAGAGCUGAUCAGUAUUUAUCCCAACUUGCUGCCCGCAAGCUCCAACUUCACCCGCUCUCCCUCCCUGCAUAAGGACAUUGCCGAUGUGAACCAGCUAGCCAACCACCAGGUGGACAGAAUCAAGGAGUAUAAACAGUUCCUGGCAGAAUAUUUAGAAGAAAUAAGAGAAACCAAAGAAUCCAUUGGACUCAAAACAGAAAUUGAUACAGCACUCUUGAAGUUGUAUGCUGAAAAUAAUUCCCCAAACCUAGUAUUUCUACUUGCUUCUGAGUGUGCCUGUGAAUUCAGUGACUGUGUUCAGUGUUUAGAAAUGCACCAAAGGCAGUAUGCUUUAGGGCUGCUCUAUAGGUAUCAUGGUGACCAUGAAAAAGCUUUACAAAUAUGGACAAGAAUAGCAAGUGGAGAACUGAAGGACGGUCAGUUUCCUGGUAUAGAUUUUAUCAUUGAAUUUUUAGCUAAUUUAAGUAACCAUGAACUUGUAUGGAAAUAUGUGGACUGGGCUCUAGAAAGAAGUCAGGAGAAGGGUGUGAAGAUUUUCACUGAGAGACCAGAGGAUGAACCCCAGACUGAAAGGAUGCGCCCAGACACAGUUAUAGACUAUCUCCACAGGUUUCCUAGGGCUGUGAUAGCUUACCUAGAGUAUUUGGUGUUCACAAAGAAGUUAGAAAAAGAGAAGUAUCAUACACAUCUAGCUGUCUUAUACUUAGAUACAGUUCUGCAGAUGAAGAAAAAUUCUGAAACACCAAAUGAAGCUUUACAAGCAGCAAGGUCAAAGUUACAGAAUAUGCUACAAGUUUCCAACUUAUAUAGGAUACAGCUAAUUCUGGGCAAGGUCAAGGAGACAGACAUGUAUGAGGAGUGUGCAAUACUCUAUGGAAAGCUUGAGGAGCAUGAAAAGGCCAUCCGCCUUUUAGUUCACAAACUACGAGACUACAGGGCAGCAGAAAACUACUGUUUGGUCAAUUCCAAAGGGAAAGAUCAGUCGUACAGGAAGAGGCUGUUCCAGAUACUGUUGGGAGUUUACCUGGACCCUUCCUAUGAAAAACGAGAUACCCUAAUACACCCAGCAGUUUCGCUAUUGAACAGCAGUGAGGCAGAUUUUGAUGUCAUCAAAAUCCUCCAGCUCCUACCAGAGAAUUGGUCGGUGGGGCUAUUAGAACUAUUUCUGCAUAGAGCUACUAGGAACAGUCUAGAUAGGGCUCGUACGCGGCAUGUAGAGCGCAUGCUGUCACGGGGAGAAAACUUGGAGGUCCACAGGAGAGCAAUGGAGGACCAGAGACAGGCUGUUUUGAUGAAUGAAGACAGGUCAUGCGCAGUAUGUACGAGAGCUUUCAGUGAGUCCACCUUUGUUCGCUAUCCCAAUGGUAUCAUCACACAUGUCCACUGUGCCAAGAACAAAUAUGUCUGCCCUGUCACUGGAAAACUGUUUAGCACAAAUACCAGUUCUGGUAAAGACUCCUAGCAGACUACUCAAGCUGUCAACCAACCUCACAUAUUGGGAUGUGAUUCUUUCACUCUAGCACUCUGUAAAUUGGAAAAUUUUAAAGCUGUUGUGUGUCAUCUAAACUGUAUGAAAAAUGCAAAUAAUAUUUUGUAUGGUUUGAGAACUGGGUGGAAUAGUAGGGUGGGCAGCGAUGUGAUAGAGUAAAAUCUAUUACCACACAAUGGAUACAGUGAUAAGUAAAUUGAAGAAAUCAGGUGGUGAAAUCCCCAUUCACUUGAUCAAGGUCCAUAGAUGGUGGACCAAAACGUUGUGCUUGACUGAUGUUAUUUUGUCUGUAAGUAAAGAAUAAAUCCGGUUUAUCAUCCUUUGUAGAAACUAUGAAUAACUUUUUUCACAAUAGAUAAAGGAGAAAUUUUGAGGUGGUUUAUAGUAUGGGAAAAUUAAUAUUCUUUAAAAAUGAGCUUUUUUUCAGUUUAGAGAGGAAAUGCUCAUGGGUCUUUUUUCUCUGAGAUUAAAUACAGAUUUAAUUUUGAUAUUGACCUAUAGGUAGUUCAAAUCCAGAGAUGAACAAUGAGGGGGAGUGGGAUAAAAUUUGUUAUUUAUUAAAUAUUGGUUUAUUUGAUGAGAACCUAGCAUUAUAACUUGAAAAAAGUUUUCCUGUCUCUAUAGCCUCCUAUUCCUUUUCAUAAAAAUUCAAGAUAGUUUGUCCGUUGGUACUUGAAGCACAUGACUGCAGGUGCUUUGUGUGUUUUUUUAAGCUGUGUGUGUAUGUUUUGUCUGUUAACAGAUAUGCUGAACAAAAUUCCAGGAAAACACUGAACAAACUAGAAGUAGAAUUUAAGGCUAUUUAUUUUUUUACUAAAAGAGAAAGUUGUGUAAAAAUGUUGUCAUAUCAGUGUGCGUAUAUUUCUUGCCUGAAACUGUAAUAUAAAGAGUUAUUGCAUAUUCAACAUAUACUUGUCAUCAAGAGCAGUUAAAGCAACAAAUUAGAAAAGAAUAUGAAAACCAAGUAGAUGGGGGCAGAUGCCACUAUUAUCACGGAAGUUGUAUGUUUCUGUGAAAUUUGUCAAUCGAAAUAAAGGUUUUUACAGAAAUUUUCUUGAGGUAAAUCUGUCUAGUUAAUCAUAAUAGCAUAUCACAUAACACGUUGAUACUGAACUCGAGAAAUUCCCCAUAUGAAUGCUCGUCAAUUUGUCUUUCCCUUGAAAGAUAGCCGGAUUCGAAAAGAUGUCACAUUCUUCAAG